GGCGCCUUCCGCAGUUUUCUUCCGGGUGUGGCGGGCCGGUGCCCCGGAUGUAACCCUGGCGAAAGCGUCCCUCGUUUCCUUCCCCCGCCUUCCCUGGGUCCUUAGCUCAGCGUGAGGCAGGUCCUUCGGUACAGCCAUGCCAAAGAGGAAGGUGACCUUCCAAGGUGUGGGAAGUGAAGAUGAAGAGGAUGAAAUCAGUUUCCCCAAGAAGAAGCUGGUGGACCCUGUGGUGGGGGCUGGAGGGCCUGGGAGCCGCUUCAAAGGCAAACACUCUUUGGACAGCGACGAGGAGGAUGAUGAUGAGGAGGGGUCCAGCAAAUAUGACAUCUUGGUCUCAGAGGAUGUGGAAGGUCAAGAAGCAGCCACGCUCCCCAGCGAGGGAGGUGUGCGGAUCACACCUUUCAAUCUCCAGGAAGAGAUGGAGGAAGGCCAUUUUGAUGCAGACGGCAACUACUUUUUGAACCGAGAAGCUCAGAUACGAGACAGCUGGCUGGAUAACAUCGACUGGGUGAAGAUCAGGGAGCGGCCACCUGAUCAGCACCCACUCUCGGGCUCGGAGGAGGAGGACAGCGUGGGCCAGACACCAAUGAGCGCCCAAGCGCUCCUGGAGGGUCUUCUGGAACUGCUGCUGCCGAGAGAGACAGUGGCUGGGGCCCUGAGGCGUCUCGGAGCCAGAGGAGGAGGCAAAGGGGGCAGCAAGGGGCCUGGGCGGCCCAGUUCCCCCCAGCGCUUGGACCGGCUCUCGGGGUUGGCCGACCAGAUGGUGGCCCGGGGCAACCUUGGUGUAUAUCAGGAGACAAGGGAACGGUUGGCUAUGCGUCUGAAGGGGUUGUGUUGCCAGACUCAGGGACCCUCUGACCCCAUAUCCCCACCUUCUCUGGACAUGUUUGCUGAGGAAGUGGCAGAGGAGGAGCUGGAGAUCCCAGCCCCUGCCCAGAGAGACGCAGAGUUGCCAGGAGAUGGUCUGGCGGACGUGAUGUGGGAGUAUAAGUGGGAGAACACGAGGGAUGCUGAGCUGUACGGGCCCUUCACCAGCACCCAGAUGCAGACCUGGGUGAACGAAGGCUACUUUGCAGAUGGUGUGUAUUGCCGGAAGCUGGACCCCCCAGGUGGACAGUUCUACAACUCCAAACGUAUUGACUUUGACCUCUAUACCUGAGCCUGCCGAGGGCCCCAUUUGCUGGCCCCUUCUUUCCUGGACUCUGGAGGAGGCCCCAGCUGCCUCAGGCAGUGAAGAUAUCGGGGGACACUUUUCAGUCAAUUUUCCUUUCCCAAUAAAACCCUUUAGUUGUGUCUUAGGCCUUGGCUGAGCUGAUGGCCAGAAGCCCCACAGCUCCUUUGGACUUGCCUCAGCCCUUGAGUGUUUUCUCAUGAAGUUCUUUGGGAGUUUCUGGUCCCUUGAAUCAUCUUUUGGUAUUUACCACUUGGGGCAGAGCCAGGGUCAGAGUCAUGUGGUCUGUGGCCUCCCUACCUAGAUUCUGCUCAUCGUCUUACAAUCCCUUCUGUCACAUACUAUCUCUGGUAUCCUCUGGGGGUUCCUGGUUUGCUGUUCUUAGGUCUUUGGCUUUUAGGAUCUCAGUCAGCGUGUUGUCGCAGCCAGUACAGGACGGAGCUUCAGAAGUGGCGUUUCAGGCCUCGAAGGGUUGAAGCAUCUGUUGGGUGUGAGCAGGAAGCUGGAUACUCACUGGCUCCCCAGCUCCCCACUGUCUUCAGGCUCCUUAAGUGAAAUGAAACUCAGUGUUGUCACCUGGUCCAGCCAUCCAUCGACUAGGCACAGAGCAGGGCAGCGUCUCUUUGGAGGGCACACAGUGAGUCAGGGCUGUCCCGGACCCAAUGAGCUCCCUUCCCAGACCUUUUUCGGUACUAGGUCUUUUCUGCCUGACUUCUGAGAUCCUGAAGCUUAACAUUUCCUGGGCUCUCACCCUGUGUCUGGCACAGGGCUAGUCAGUGCCUUGAGGUAACUGGGCAGGUCCCCUUCCAGGAAUUCAGAGUUGGGGAGGGUGGCAGAGAAGUGUAAUUGUGUAGUAUACACCUAACCCCACCCCUGCACACGCACCACCACCACCAGUGCUUCCUGGCACCGCCUCAGCACCCAGGCAGGCUGAUAACCCCACUUCCCACCCUAGCUGUCUGCUGGAAUCUCAAAGGGAGCUGUGAAAUUAUCCUCAGAUUCAGACUAGAUUGGUCUAGGUAGCCUCCUGGUGGUUGGGUCUUUUAAAAGUUCCCAGGGGUUUCCAGUGUAUGGCAAGGUGGAGCAGCACUGAGCCUGACCCAUGACUGCGUUCACCCUGGGGUGAGGGGCCAGUUUCUGGACCCUGAUGAUGUAGCAGGGCUCAGGGCUGAGCACGUUUGAGGCCAGAGUGCUGGUGGAGUCUGUCAGUUACAGGGGAGGUAAGCACCAGAGCUGUGGGACCCAUGGGUGCCCUGGGGUGUAGGAGCCAGGCCAGGAACUAGGGAAGACAGGCAGGUGUGCCCGAUGUCCUAGUGAGGCCUCCAACUUCUGGAAAAAUGAGACCCACUCCAGUGCCAGGCCAGACCUGGUUUGCAUUGGCUCUAAGAUGUUAAGAUGACUUGUUUUGUGUCAUUAAGAAGGGAAACUGCCAAUUAUAGUUGUAAGAUAUCAAUUAAAAGGUGCAUCCUGGUUUCAGAAAUAUUCCAAAUUGAAAAGCGGGUGUUUUAGGACCAAUGAAGUAACUUCACCUUUCUGUCUCCCCUGUGACUGAGUCAUGGGAGGUUUAGUGUUUAGCCAGUAGAUGGACGCCCAGGGACUGGUCCCUGAAUGUGCCCCAGGCACCUGGGCUCCACCUGUCCAAAACUGACCUCUUCCCCUCACAAGCUGCUCCUGUGGCCACCUUCCUGAUGACACCUGGUAUGGACAGAAUAAUGGCCCCCCAAAGAUGUCCACAUCCUCAACCACAGAAUUGAAUGUGACCCUACGUGGCAAAAGGGACUUUGCGGAUGUGAAUUAAUGAUUUUGAAAUGAGAUUAUUCUGGAUGAUUGAGAUGGACCCAAAUGUAAUCAUAAAGACCUUAUAAUGUGAAGGGGAAUCAGGAGGGUCAAGGAGAUGGAGCUGAAGGUGUGACAUGGCCACUGGCUUUGACGAUGGAAGGACCAUGUGCCAAGAAAUGUGGCCAGCCUACGGAAGCUGGAAAAGGCGAGAAAAUGGAUUUUCCGGUCUCUGCAAAGAAAUGCAGCCCCACUGGCAGGACUUGAGCUCAGUGAAAACCAUUCUGGACUGACUGUUAGACCUUAAGAUAAUAAAAUGUGUUGUUUUGA